AUGUUCUUAUCAUCAUCAUCCACUGAUGAAGGCUCUCCAAAUAAUCCAUCAACCUCUUUUAUUUUCUUAAGUCUAACCAACUGUAGUGAUGAGUUAGGUCAAUCACAUCAUUCCAACUUCUCCAUCAGAGAUUAUGCAUGUAAUAACCGGAGCAAGAACAUUCAGAAAAGCUGGCCGUUUUCCUCAACAAGUUUGCAACUCUGUUUGAAACAUGGCUUAAGUGAUCCAUUGCCAUCAAUGCAGCCUCUUAACUCUGUGGUAAGCCAUCCUCCUGAAGCUUCUUCAUUGAAGAAGCCAGACAUAGCUCUUGUUGAAGCGAUAAGCUGCAAGAGGAAGUUUGAAAAACUUGUCCUCAAUCAUGCAUUAGCAGAGUCUAAACAUGGCUUUGAGAAUGGUUCUUUGGUGAGUAAUUCAAAAUCCAAAAUAAAAGUAGCCAACAUUGACUCUGGACAGCAGGCAAUCAGCAAGCCAAGCAACCCUAGAGGUAAGCCAAGGAUGAAAGUUAAAACUAUGGUUGAUAUAUACGCUGCUGCAAAAGGAUGCACAUUGGAAGAUAUUGAUGAGAGAAAUGGAAGAAAGUGGGCUGUGACUUCAAGCUACUCAAACCAGGUAGUCUCUGAGAAGAAUAAGACUGAAGUGUGCAACAAAAGGAAGAAUCACAGCGUCAUUGAUGAAGAUGCUGCUGGCAAUGGCAUUGGACCUGUCUACACUGAUGCUAAGGGACAAAAACUGCGGAUUAUAUCUGAGUUUAACGAGAAAGCUUCUGAACCAUCAAGAGAGCAUGAAGAAGAUGUCAGUGAGAAGAAGUAUUUUAAAGGGAAAAGACUUGGGGGAAAGAAGUAUUACAAGCAUUGUAAAGACAAUGCUUCAGAGAUAUUGGAGUAUCUAGGAGGAGGUUAUUCUGGAAAAUGUAGAGUCAUGGAGAAGUCAGAAACCCCAGGUACAACUCAGUGUAGGAUUAAGAAGAAUGAGCAUCCAAUGUCAGCAGAUCCUCUUGUGUCAACAGGUCCAAGUCAUGCGAGUGUUGAUUUAUCCGAGACAGUUUCUUAUCCUUUAAUCAGUCAAAACUCAUGGAGAAGUUGUGGCGAGAGCCAAGUCUCUGGAAAGAUCACUAAAAGGGAGAGAUGUUCAAUGCAUGUGGAGAAGGUGUUUGGAUCCGGGGGUAAGAGUGUUAUGAAGUUGAAGAAAGAAGAGGAAGAUGAAGAUUCAGGGAGAUGGGAGUCUGAAAUGACUCAAGAACGUGUACUGACAGAUUGGGAUGAUAAUGAAGAAGCAGAUAGGGUCUUUCUAAGCUCGAAUACUUCAACUACUGGUGGUGAAGAGACUGGUAAUAAUAACAAAGGAGAUGGUAAUAUGUUGGACAAAACCAAUGAGUUGGUUUACGAGAGAAGUGGUUGUGAACGAGGAGGAAGCACAUUCAUGGAGGUUGAUCUCAUUCCUAUUCCAGGACCUCCAGGUUCAUUUCUACAGUGUCCUUGGGAUAUGGAAACUGAACAUCAUGGAAACUAUGCAGUUAUUACAAGCCAUGUCAAAUCUUCCCAAGAUCAGCCUGAUCUCACUGACAGAAACUCAUCUGAAUCAGUAAUCUCAAACCAUGCAGCUCUUGAAACACAGACUUAUAGGCUUCAUAACAUCAUCACUACUGUGCCUGCGGCUCCUUCAAAUUCCAACUCGGUGUUGCGGCUAAUGGGAAAGGAUCUGGUGGUUAUCAACCAAUUAAGAGAAGAGACUUCACAUGGAGAUUAUUCAAGUUUAAAACCAACUUCUCAGCCUCAAAAUCUCUCUAAGAAACAACAUGUGUCUCCUCCUGUUCAUCGUCCUUAUGGUGGAAACAGUUUGUAUCUCAACACCAGCACAAGCUUUUACAACAAUUCAGAUCAAGAAAUUCCAUUAGAUUUCUAAUCAACUUAGUCAUUUCCUAUGCUAUUUUUAAGAAGUUUUCUCCUCAACCAUUCAAAGGUUCCGUGAUUAUAUAAUUAAGCGGUUGAGAAAAAAUCUCAAGAGGCUGCUUUGAAGAAAAGGUGAUGUAAACUCUCUCUUGGAAUCUAGCUAGUACCUACAUCAUUAGGAUAUUGAGAACUCCACUAAUUAAGGUGAAGGACCCAC